AUGGCGCCUCGUCGCGGUCGCGAUGAACCUCAAGAGGAGGUCGAGGAGGACCAGGGCGAAGACCUUGUCAACCUUGAAUUCGACGAAGAAUUGACUUGGAAACCCGGAAAGCCCAUACCCACCACAGAGCUGCUCAACCGCUUGCAAGCUCUCUACGAGGAGCUACGCAAUCUCGAACAGGAUGUCGUCAACAAGAAGUCUCUUGAGGAUGUAUCUCAUGCUCUAGGCCAGCGCAAUCUGCUGGCGCACAAGGAUAAGGGCGUGAAAGCCUACACUGCUGUGUGCAUCUCCGAGAUCUUACGACUGUGUGCGCCUGACGCGCCCAUCACUGAGGAACAGAUCAAGAUGUUCUUCAACCUCGUCGUUACACAAAUUUUCCCGGCAUUGAGCGACCAGAGUCACCCUUACCACAGUCAGCACAAGGCCGUACUUACCGCGCUCACGGAAGUCAAAAGCAUUCUUCUGAUCAACGAUAUCGAUGGCGCCGAUGACCUGCUGCUGCGCCUCUUUUCCGUCUUCUUCGACGCUGUCUCGGGCGGUUCGAGCUCGGACGAAGGUGUCUCCAAGGAAGUCGGCAACACAAUGACCGAGAUGCUCAUUGCGCUGGUUGACGAGGCUUCCGGCAUCAACCCGAAGAUUAUUGAAGUCAUUAUGGCUCAAUUCCUCAGAGCAGCGCCCCCGGGUGGCUUUCAGAGUCGGACAGAACGUGGCGAGCAGAACGGUAGUCAAUCUACCCUUUUACCCAAGGACGAGCCUCCCGCCUACAUCAUGGCCAAGGAGAUUUGCAACGUUUGUACGGAAAAGAUGGCCCACUACGUCAGCCAGUACUUCGGGGAUGUCAUCCUAGACGCCUCACGUUUUGCGGCAAAGACUGUAGGAAAGCAUGAUGAAGACGAGGACGAAGACGCGCCUAGGGAACCCACAGAUGCAGAGUUGAAGGAACUGAAGAAAGCUCAUUAUCUCAUCAAAGAGCUCUGGCGUGCUUGCCCGUCCGUUCUUCGCAACGUUAUCCAACAGGUCGAAGCAGAGUUGUCGGCUGACAACGUUGAUUUGCGACAGCUAGCUACCGAGACACUUGGUGAUAUGAUCUCAGGACUCGGGGCGGCUGGGCCUCCACCUCUUCCAUCCUUGGAGCCUUCCGCAUACCCUCCACUGCGACUCUCCGAUGAGGCUCCUAGCCAGGUUUCCGACAGCGUCCUCACCACACCAUUAUCCCCUCAGUCGUUCGCCCAGACUCAUGCGACAGCGUACCACCAUUUCUUGGGCAGGAGAAACGACAAGACGGCAGUCAUCAGAGCCGCAUGGACCAAUGCAGUUGGGUACAUUUUGGCCACUUCAGCCGGCGGCAUUGGGCUUAGCCGCGAGGAGCAGUCCGAGCUGGUGAAAUACCUAGGCGAAAAGCUCAAUGACGCUGAUGAAAAGGUUCGGCUGGCUGCUGUGAAGGUCAUGGAGCUUUUCAGUUUCCGCGACUUCGUCACCAAGCUUGGAGCUCCGGGCGGAGUUGACAAGGACGGGUCUGUUCUGAGCAGUCUUGCUGACCGCUGUCGUGAUAAGCGCAAUGCCGUGCGAGUUGACGCAAUGACUUUGUUGGCGAAGCUGUGGGCCGUCGGCUCAGGUGAGCUGGCUGCAGGUCAGGAAACUGUUGUCGCGGCCUUGUCUGGAAUACCAUCACGCAUCUUCAAUGCGUUUUACGCCAACGACCUCGAGCUGAACAUUUUGCUGGAUCGUGUGCUCUUUGAGUGCCUGAUUCCUCUGAACUACCCUCCCAUCAAAGCACCCAAGAACACGAGGGCCUCGUCGAGUCAAAGCCAACAAAAUUCUGGCGUCGCAGAGCAGGACCGCAUCCGCGCCGAAAGACUCUUGCUCCUUACGCAGUCACUCGAUGGCCCUGCCAAAAAGGCCUUUUUCGCUAUGCAAGGCCGGCAGCCUCAGUUUGCUCAGGUUCUCGAGGCUUUCGUCAAACAAUGCGAGCUCUACAACGGCGGUGUGAUGGACGACAACCGACCCAAAAAGACGGCAAACCUUGAGCGGACGGUUCAGUACAUUACACAGUUCUUCCCAGAUUCAUUCAAGGUCAAGACGGAUCUCCAAAAGUUCGCCAACCAAAAUGACCGUCGCGCAUACCAGCUCGUUAAGUACACUGUAAGCUCCGAGAGCGACUACAAGACGGUGCGACAAGCCAUCAAGGAGUUGGUGAAGCGCAUCAAUGCUAGUCAAUCUUCGAGCAUUCUGGACACGCUUCUCCCAUUGCUGUACCGUUCAGCUUGCUUGCUAUUUAACCGCAGUCAUCUCGCGACUAUUCUUGAUUACUCGCGGAAUGAUAAGGAAGGUUAUGGCGCAGUCGCCCACGAGAUCCUCAAUGAAAUCUCGCAACGCAACCCUGAACUAUUCAAGAACCACGUCGGAGGGCUCUGCAAAGGUUUGAUCGACCAGGCGCCCAGCGAGACUAGCGAGAAUGAUCCCUUGGUUGUCGACACUCUCAAGGCAUGCGCAUCUUACUCAAAGAAAUACCCAGAGGAAAUUCCCGAAGAGCGGAAGUUUUCGCAGGCCUUGGUGAGCUACGCUCUGUACGGCCGGCCGGUCAAGUGCGCGAAAUACGCCAUCAAGAUUCUCCUUGCAAAGGGAGACGACAAGGGACUUGUCAGCGCCACUGGUUUGCUGCAAAAGAUCAUGGAAGACUGGAAGUAUGGCUCUUCACACUUUCUCAACAAGCUGCAGGCUGUUGCCCAGCUCGAACUCCAAGCACCUAAGAUUACGCUGGACGCCGACGAUGACAUCCUCAACAUGACAGUCCAGCAGGUUCUGCUUCAAGUCCGACAGGAAGCUAGUGACAAAGAUCCGAAGUGGGUUGAUGACGCCGACAUGGACGAAGAGCUCCAGGCGAAGUGUUUGUCUCUGCAUAUUCUUGUCAAUCGGCUGCGGAGCCUACAAAAGGUCGAAGAGGCGCAAGAAAAGGCACCGCCUGUCUUCAAGCUGCUCAAGACAUUGGUGGCGAAGAGAGGGGAGCUCAACAAGACGAAGGAUACUCCCGAGCAUCAUAAGACGAGGCUCCGGUUGCUUGCUGCGCAGUUACUACUCAAGUUGUGCACCAUCAAACACUUUGACGACCUCUUGUCGUCCGUCGAUUUUGAUCGCCUGGCCUUCACGGCGCAAGAUCCUGAGCUUCAGGUCCGCAAGGGCUUCAUCGAGAAGCUCCAGAAGUACAUGGCUAGAGGCAAACUUCGCGCGAGAUUCUACACGGUUGUCUUUUUGACAGCAUUCGAACCCAAUGCCGAUUUGAAACAACGAAUUGAGACUUGGAUCCGUUCUCGCGUGCGGGCACUGGAAACUUCCGAGCAGAGACCUAUGGAAGCUACCAUGGCCAGGCUCAUCUCACUGUUGGCGCAUCAUCCUGACUUUAACAAGCUGGAUAAUUUGGCCGAAGCCAGUGAGGAGGAGCGGACGUCGUAUGCCAGCGAUCUGGCUGAUCACGGCCGCUAUAUUCUGUACUACCUCUCCAAUGUGGCGACUGAAGAGAACCUAGGGUUGAUCUUCAAGUACGCCGAGAGGGUCAAGCAAACUCGCGACCUUGUCCACCCUGAAGACAGCGAGAAUCUGUACAUCAUCAGUGACUUGGCCCAGGCUGUCAUCAGAAGGUGGCAAGAGAGGAAGAACUGGAGCUUUCAGGCGUACCCAGGCAAGGUCGGCUUGCCGGUAGGCCUCUACGGCGGUCUGCCAUCGCACCAGGUUGCUCAGGAGAUCGCCGAGAAGCAAUUCCUUCCCGUUGAAAUUGAUGAAAGAUUGGAUCAUCUUUUCAAGUCCAUUGACAGGAAAAAGAAGCGAAAGUCUAUGGAUGACAGAGGAGACCGUCCCACUGCGAAGAAGGCCAGACAGAUUGCGAAGGUGAGGGAAGCGAAGACACCCAAAGAACCGAAGCCCAAGACCAAGAAGCCUGCCAAGAAGCCUUCUAAGACCAAGGCCAAGCGCCCAGAGGCCGAUGUUCCGGUGGUAGACCGAAGACGCAGCGGAAGAGCCACGACAAGUCGACAGUACACCGAGCGUGACUCAUCUGACGAUGAUAAAGAAAUGUGGGACGGCGUUCAAUCUUGGGAUUAUGGCUCCGGCAAUGAAGAUGCGGCAUCCUCAGAGGCGGAGGACUCCGACAAGGACGCCGACUCGUCGGCUCUCUCAGAUGUUCCGAAGGAAGACGAUGAGGAUGAAGGAGCCAAGGCAUCUAGCGCCAAGCCCAACGAUAGCGAGGAUGACUCCCCGUUGUCAGAUAUUGAGGACGAGGCUGCAGCAAAGUCAGACAAGGAGGAGGAAGAGCAGGCAGAUGAUGAGGGAGAUGCGGAGGAGCCUGCGCCGCAGCCCAAGUCCAACGGGCGAAAGGGUAGAUCGGCAGCAUCUUCCAAGGCGGCGGCGAAGAAAAAGCUCCCAGCCCGCCCUGCGCCGCCGAAAGAAAAGCCCGCCCCCCGGGCAGCGACGCGAACAUCAGCACGGAGCACCAGAGGCAAGCUCGCUCAGGAGAUGGAUGUCGACGACGAUGACGAGUAG